UUUGUUUUUAAUGUAUUUCCUGCCUCUCCUCCAGGCUUCUGGGCCGACCGGACUCCGGUUCACGAAGCCGCCAGGCGCGGAGAGAUCCUGCAGCUGCAGCAGCUCAUCGAGAGCGGCGCCUGCGUCAACGCCGUCACCUACGACUCCAUCACCCCGCUGCACGAGGCGAGUCUGCGCGGGCAGACGCAGUGCGUCAAGCUCCUGCUGGCCGCCGGCGCCCAGGUGGACGCGAGGAACAUCGACGGGAGCACCCCGCUGUGUGACGCCUGCGCCUCGGGCAGCGUGGAGUGCGUGAAGGUGCUGCUGUCGCACGGCGCCAAGGUGAACCCGCCGCUCUACACCGCGUCCCCGCUGCACGAGGCCUGCAUGAACGGCAGCCCGGAGUGCGUGCAGCUCCUCAUCGACGUCGGAGCCAACUUGGAGGCCCACGACUGCCAUUUCGGGACACCGCUGCACGUGGCCUGUGCCAGGGAGCAUCUGGACUGCGUGAAGCUGCUGCUCAAGGCAGGGGCCAACGUGAAUGCCGCUAAACUUCACGAGACAGCCCUGCACCACGCAGCCAAGGUGAGGAACGCCGACCUCGUGGAGAUGCUGGUCGAAUUCGGAGGCAAUGUUUACGCCCGGGACAACCGCGGGAAGAAACCAUCAGACUACACCUGGAGCAGCAGCCCCGCGGCCAAGUGCUUUGAGUACUAUGAGAAAACGCCGCUGAGUUUGUCGCAGCUCUGCAGAGUGACCGUGAGGAAGGCGGCCGGGCGGCGAGCGCUGGAGAAGAUCGCCAAGCUCAACAUCCCGCAGCGCCUCAUCCAGUACCUGUCCUACAACUGACGGGGCUCCAGGUGACCAGGAGGGGCAGCGCCUUUAGAUCCCCGCAGCACGAAGCCUCUGUCUCUCUCUCGUCUACCUCCCCUCAAGAAGCAACCUUUAAUUUAAGCAAACUGUGUAAAUAGUGUUCGUGGGGCAGCGCUUCACAGCCCUCUCCUCCAUCGGUGACUGCUUUAGCAACGAGAGGCUCGGGCAAGUUGUAGCCCUGGCUUGGAGUUGAGUCUCUGCCCUGUUGGCCUGCUGGGCUGUCACCCCAUUACAGGCUCGCUCUUUGAGGGGGGUUAAUUUUGCCUAAUUUUAGAUAUCUCUGGCCUAAAGACGUCUCCCUUUGCAGUCACAGGAAGGAAAUAGGUGCUUCUGGAGCAGGAUUUCUCCAUCCUUGGAGAAAUCCAUCCAUGGAUUCCUUCGUGUUGUAGAUGUCCGUGUUAGGAUGUGUCCUGGGAGCGCCUCUCUGCCUCUUCCCUGCCUGCAAAGGGAUUUAGAGACAGUGUCCUCAGAUGGUGACAUCUGGGAAGUGUUCAAAGAGUAUUUCUGCACUUGUUCAGAGCCACCACCGUGGGGGCCACUUGGUUUUAUGUGCAGUAAGUGGCAGGAUCGCUGUCCUGCACUGCCGGAACUGCAGCAUCCCGUCUGCAAAGCCACAUCGCUGUGACAAAGCCCUGUCCCUGUGUGUAGAACCGCAGCAGAUCCCUUUGGGAUUUGCCCACACGUGAAGGAUAACGGCCGGGUUGUGCUUUGGGUUUUGACGUUUCUCCCUCUGGGAUCCCCCCAGGAUCUAUUGCAGUUUUGUGCUUUGGUGGUUUAAAUGUUGGGGGUGACAUUAAUAUCAUCAGAGCCAAAAUUCUAGUCUUCCUCCCACUGGGGAGGAAGUUGUAUUUUACCCCAAAACGGCAGCCUCCAGGUUGCUGAGUAUUAAAGGGGUGACAAGUCUGAGCACUGUGAUUUGAAUGCCAACAAAUGAUCUGAAAUCCAAAGUGUCUGAUCCAGUUUUUAAGACUGUGCUUUGUGGGGGAAGGAGGGAUUGUCUGUUCAUAAUUCCACCUGGAAUUUUGUAUUUCAGAUUCCAGGAAGGUGG